GGGGUACACUUGUCAGUAAAUCUUUGGAGGAGUAACUAGGCACUGGCGGUGACGUCACAGAACACCUGCAAGCGCUGCCCGCGCGCUCCUGUUGCUCACCUGUGUGGCGCGCGCUCACGCUUACGCUCCGCCCCCCGUUGACGCGUCCUCUGCAGGAAGUCCAGGAUCACUGCAUGAUUCCGGACAGUUUUCCAGGCGUGCCAGUCUGCUCUGCUCCAGUGCGAUGGCCUCCACCGAGUGUUUACAUUUCUCUGAACCGCACUGACAGUCUGGAGGAGGAUGAGGGUGCUGCAUUCUGGCGGUCAGGAUGAAGAGUUCCCCAGCUAACCGCAGCCGGGACAUCGAGCGGCAGGCCGGUUAUCUGCGCCCGGAGCACUGUGCCCCGCCCCCUCCGCGAGCUCACGCUGCAGAUGAGAUGUGGUUCAUCCGUGACUGUUGCGGCAUCGCGUGCGGCGUGAUCACGUGGCUGCUGGUGAUUUACGCCGAGUUUGUGGUCGUGUUCGUAAUCCUGCUGCCAGCGAAGAGCGUGGUGUACAGCAUCAUUAACGGCGCUUUGUUUAACGGACUGGCCUUCCUCGCCCUGGCAUCACACUUCAGAGCCAUGUGUACUGAUCCGGGAGCUGUUCCAAAGGGAAACGCCACAAAGGAGUUUAUCGAGAGUUUACAGCUGAAGCCGGGACAGGUGGUGUAUAAAUGUCCCAAAUGCUGCAGCAUCAAACCGGAUAGAGCACAUCACUGCAGUGUGUGCAAACGCUGUAUCAAGAAGAUGGAUCAUCACUGUCCCUGGGUGAACAACUGUGUGGGAGAAAACAACCAGAAAUACUUUGUGCUUUUCACUAUGUACAUUGCUCUGAUUUCUCUUCAUGCGCUCAUCAUGGUGGCUUUCCAUUUUGUCCUGUGUUUUGAAGAUGACUGGGGAAAGUGCAGUAGCUUCUCUCCUCCGGCGACAGUGAUCCUCCUCAUCUUCCUGUGUUUUGAGGGUCUGCUCUUCCUCAUCUUCACGGCCGUGAUGUUUGGAACGCAGGUUCACUCCAUCUGUAACGACGAGACCGGAAUCGAGCAGCUGAAGAAAGAAGAGAGGAGAUGGGCAAAGAAAUCGAUGUGGAUGAGCUUGAAGGUUGUGUUCGGUCACCCCUUCUCUCUGGCGUGGUUGAGUCCGUUCGCCACACCAGAUCACGGGAAAGCAAACCUCUAUCAGUAUGUGGUGUGAGACGAGCGACGUGUGCUGACGUAUGACACUCCGUACAGGACGCUGACCCCUCGACGCCUCACGCUUGAUGUUUUGAUUUAAAGAAACAGUUUGACCAAAAAUUCUGUAAUUAGUCGUUCACCCUCAUGUCACUCCAAACCCGUAUGCUGUUGCGCUAUCGCUAGGAAGCUCACACAAGCUCCUAAAAGGCCAAAAACACCAUUGAAGUAUCAUAAAAGUAUUCCCGCGACGUCUUCUGAAGUCUCACGAUAGCUUUGUAAGAGGAACAGGCUUGUCUGUAAAUAAUGAAAUGCAUUAAGAGCUUCUUCGGAAGUUCCUAAUAACAGCAUGCAGGUUUAGAACGACAUGAGGGUGAGUAAAUACUGACGGGUGAACUAUAUUCAUGUUAAGGAGAAAAUGAGUUCAGCUCAAUCGUUGGCAUAUUUGUGGCAUAAUGCACAAUGUCAUUUCGACCCUUCUUGUCUUUAAACAAGCACGAAUGUGUGUUCCGGUGAGACACUUACAAUGGAAGUCAAUGGGGGGGGUUCAAUCUGUAAACGUUAAAACACUCACUGUUUCACAAGUAUAGACGCAAGACGGGGACGAUAUGCGUGCUGACGUGAUUUUAAUGUGCCAACCUUUCAGGUUUAAAGUUAAAACCAAGUUUGCCAUAAAAAGCUUGGUUGUUAUGGCAACGAAGUUGUAAAAUUGGACAUAUCUUCCAUUGUAAGUGCCUCGCCGUAACGGCAUUCCCAAAAUAAACGAGCCAUUUUUGUGGCAUUCACUAUUAGGUUCAACUCAUUUUGAACUUUAAGUCGAGUACAGACUCCUACACGUCCAUAGAGACGACAUUACCAGUGAACUAUUCCUUAAACCAGCCGUUGAGAGACGUAUCGAUGUCCUGACCACUGUUAUUUAAAGCACUCUUUUGACACGUCCUGCACUGUGAAUCUUUACUGUCGAUAUUGCUGAAUCGGAUUGAAUCGCCUGUUGAGAGUGUGAAUGGAUGAUCGACGCCGACACGAUUUAAGAGGCCUUGACCAUCAAACUCUCCAACUAUCACCAGCCGUGACACCGAACUCCUUCCUAUCGAUGGGCAUGUUUGACACAGAACUCCUUCCUGUCGAUGGGAAUGUUUGACACAGAACUCCUUCCUGUCGAUGGGAAUGUUUGACACAGAAAUCCUUCCUGUCGAUGGGAAUGUUUGACACAGAACUCCUUCCUGUCGAUGGGAAUGUUUGACACAGAACUCCUUCCUGUCGAUGGGAAUGUUGAUUGACAGAUGCCUUUUCUAUCAGCUGCUCAUGCCUU